CUGGGGACAGAAAUAGACACCGAAACGCUCGAGUCGAGGCUGAAGCGCUGUGUGCUUUCCAGCCAAAGGGGGGUGGAUUGCGGUGACUUUAAAUACUUUUUAACUGAUUAUUUUAAUUUGCAUUUCCACAAAAUGGUCAUUAAAGUCUUCCUGGCAUCCUCCUCGGGAUCGACGGCGAUCAAAAAGAAACAGCAAGAUGUUGUCGGGUUUCUCGAGGCACUUAAAAUCGAUUACGCACAACUUGACAUUGCUUCAAAUGAGGACAACCGGAAGUGGAUGAGGGAAAAUGUCCCUGGAGAAAAGAAGCCCACCAAUGGAAUUCCUCUUCCUCCACAGAUUUUCAAUGAAGAGAUGUAUUGUGGGGACUAUGACACAUUCUUUGAAGCCAAAGAGGACAACUCAGUCUAUGAAUUUUUGGGUCUGACACCUCCACCAGGAUCUAAGGAGGCACAACAAGGUGAAAACACACAAAAGCUUCAUAAUGGAUCUGUGACAGAGGAACAUCUUGAUGAUGACACAACAAAAAAGGAAAUUGUAGAGGCUGAGCAGAAUGGAGAUGUACACCCAGCAGAGCUGGAAGACGACGAUCCAGGCAAGACGGUAGAGACAGAUGCUCAAGAUGAGAACGCAGAAGAGGAGGAACCGGCAGAAGAAGACGAAGAAAGUAGAAAGGUAGCUGAGGAGGAAGUGCAGGAGGAAGAAGAAGAGGAUAGGGUUGAGGACAACCAUCUGGUCUCAGAGGCAGAAGAUGAAUUGGUGUCUGAGGAGGAAGAAGAACUCCGAGAGCUUGAGGAGGAAGAGGAACAAGCCUCAGAGGAAGACUAGUGUUCUGAAGCUGAGGAUUUUGGACCUGGAUUUUCCCAGACAGCUUGAAUUGACACCCCACUUGCCCUGAAGCCAUCAAAAAUUGCCCACAAAUACCUUCACCGCAGCAUUGCCCAAGCCAAAGUGACACCACUACACUGGAUAACAUGCACUCAGGACCCCAACUUCAAGCACCCUGUGAUAAAUGCCUUUUUGAGAUUGCAAAAUGCCUUUUUAUGCUAGAGUUGCUUCACCUUAAGUGGCGAGUUUCAAGUGAAUUUAAAGGAGAAGUCCACUUCCAGAGCAAAAAUGUACAGAUAAUGUACUCACCCCCCUUGUCAUCCAACAUGUUCAUAUCUUUUUUUCUACGGUCGUAAAGAAAUUAUGAUUUUUGAGGAAAACAUUUCAGGAUUUUUCUCCAUAUAAUGGACUGAUAUGGUGCCCCGAUUUUGAACUUCCAAAAUGCAGUUUAAAUGCAGCUUCAAAUGAUCCCAAAUGCGGUUGUAAAUGAUCCCAGCUGAGGAAGAAGGGUCUUAUCUAGCGAAACGAUCAGUUAUUUUCAUUUAAAAAAAUACAGUUGAAAUACUUUUUAAUCUCAAAUGCUCUGCCUGAACUCUGUGUAUUCUGACUCAAGACAGUUAGGAUAUGUCGAAAAACUCGUAUUUUUUCCCUCAACUUCAAAAAUCAUUUUGAAAUCAUCCUACAUCGCUGCAGAAGUACCGACCCAGUCUUUGCAAAGUGAACAUGCAAAGAAGAUCAAACACCCUCAACAAAGGAGGUAAAACAGCGAUAUAAGAUGAUUUUGAAGUUGAGGGAGAACAUGAGAUGCAAAUUUUUCGACAUACCCUAACUGUCAUGAACUGGAAAAAACAGUUCAGGCAGAGCAAGACAAGAUGAGCGUUUGACAUGAAAAAGUAUAUAAAUUGUAUUAUUUUUAUGAAAAUAACCAAUCGUUUCGCUAUAAGACCCUUCAUCUUUGCCUGGGAUUGUUUACAACCGCAUUUGGGAUCAAUUGAAGCUGCAUUCAUGAAAGUU